CGAGCCCACCGAGCCCACCGAGCCAUCCGCGACCGUGCCUAUCCUGCAGUUCCGCCCGCCAUCGGCCAAAGCCAAUCACGCCAGCCCCAGCGAUGCUCCCAUGAGCCGACCCGAGCCCCAUCUGCUGGGCAGCUUCCCCGAGUCAGCCGCUGGCGCUCCUGUCCAGCCAUACGAGUCCAUCUCAUCGCUGACUUCGGCCCAGUCAGACGAUCUCCUUUCGGCAGGCGAGUUCACGCCACAACCCCUGACUCCAUGCUUGCCCGCAAACGCUACCUUCGACUCGGCCGAGAAGCUUGACAUCCAGGUCAUCGGCUCAACGAUCAAAUCCAACCCGAAAGGCGCCGACAUGACCAGCUUCAUCAUCUCCAUCAAGGACGAGUCCACGCAGAGAGAGUACUGGAGGGUUGCCAAGCUGUACUCGGACUUUCAGACCCUCGACACCAAGCUCAAAUCGAAUCAGAGCCGCGGGGUCGUCGGAAAACUCGGCAAAUUGCCCGAAAAGACCCUGUUCACUUCGCAUGCCCCGCUCAAGAAUGACCAGCGAAAGGUUGCGCUGGAGUUCUAUCUUCAAGGAGCCAAGUCGCUCAUGCCCACGAACCGCCACUUUAUCCACUUCCUGUCCACCGAUCUCGUCACAACUGCUCCGCCCAAGAAGGCAGUAUCUGUUGGCACCAACGUCAAGGAGGGGUAUCUGACAAAGCGAGGCAAAAACUUUGGUGGAUGGAAAUCGCGGUACUUUGAGCUCCACGACGGCGUCCUGGACUACUACGAAGCGCACGGAAAGGACUUUCUUGGUGCUCUCCAGCUCAAGUUCUGCACGGUCUCGGAUCAGCUCCCAUCAGGACUACCAGCGGAUAACGAGUACCGCCAUGCCUUUGUCAUCACGGAGCACAAAAAGGGCAGUCUCGUUGGCAACGAGGUCGCGCCGGAUGCCAAGGUCCAUGCGCGCCACAUUUUCUGCGCCGAGAGCGACGUGGAGCGGGACGACUGGGUGCAAAAGAUUGCCGCGCAGAUGCUGAAGGUCUUUGGCCGUCAGAACUUUGGCAACAUCAGCUCGAUCUUUGUUCCUCCGGAGCCCGCCGAGUCUGGGGCACUAGCGCCAGCGUCGAUGCCGAUCUCGGCGUUGACACCGUCCCCAGCAGACAACAGACCAGUUCCGACCCCAGGAUCUGGAUCGGACUCGCCCUUACCCGACAAUGCCGAUGCUGCGAAGCGAUCACCCGACUCAGCCGCAGCCGGUCCCAGUGCUGCAGCAGGCACGCCGAAUCCAUCCGACUCGGCAACAGUCGGUGCGAUUGGCGGGACAAUCGGCAAUGGUGUUCGACGCAUGCAAGCCCUCGAUCCCACUAUCAAUCAGCCUGGUCAGAAGCUACUGAACAAGGUGGAUGAAGACCAGCGGAUCAUGGAGCAACCCGAGCCGGUGCUCCUCGUCCCUGCUGUCGUACUCGACGAGAAGCGCCUCGCGGGCAAUUCGUCAACCUCCAGUCUUGUACAAUCCACUGACAGCCGGCGCGAGGAGCGGAAGAAGAAGCUCAAGAAUCCGUCGUUCAGCUGGGGGCGAAAAAAGUCGAUCUCGGCGGCCGUGCCAGCAGAACCCAAGCUUCCCGAAGUCACCCAGCCCGUAUUUGGUGCACCGCUGCAGCGGGCAGUGGAGCUCGCGGCUGGAAAGUUCGCGGUUCCUCUUCCCUCAGUCAUCUACCGCUGUGUCGAGUUCUUGGAGACGAGAAACGCAUUCUUGGAAGAGGGCAUAUACCGGCUGUCCGGUAGUGCGGCUCUGAUUCAGCAGCUCAAAGAGCGCUUCAACGCCGAGGGCGAUGUCGAGCUGGUCAACCCAGAGACGUUCUACGACGUGCACGCCAUCUCUGGUCUGCUCAAGCUCUAUCUCCGCGAGCUCCCUAAUCCAAUCCUGACUCGCGAGCUGCAGAGGUCGUUCCUCAAUAUCACAGACAUCCCGGACCGCAAUCAUCGCAUCCCCAUAUUGGCCCAACUUGUCGAGGAGCUGCCUGCCCCAAACUACACGCUGCUCCAUGUCUUACUCGCACACCUCAUCCGCAUCCUUCGCCACUCGGAUGUCAACCGCAUGACAGUCCGCAACAUGACGAUCGUCUUUGCUCCGACCCUGGGCAUCCCUGCUGGAGUGUUCGCCUUGAUGAUGACUGAAUACUCUGUGAUCUUCCGGUGGCUCUCUGCCGACGACCGGCCCCAGAACAGACGCCCGAGCUCGCCCAAGCUCAUGCGCUCGUCGACACUGCCAUCGCCCCGGACUUCGGCCAAGGAGCUUCCCACCGACGAAGACGCAGAUGACCGGCCUGGCGGCCCACACAAGAGCUUCGCACCGGCAAUAGCACAGAUCGACGAGAGCACGGCCGAAGGCUCGGCUGUGCCUGAAGCGCUGCCCCUGGACCUGAGCGACUCUGGAAUGCUGAGCACCGACGAGGCCCCUCCCCGGCGGCGACUGACCAAUGAAAGCCAGAUCAAGCGCAGACACAGCGCCGGCAUGAGCAACAUCACAGGCGCCGUCCAGGUCGACAUCAACAAUCCCUCAGCACAACGACCACUGGCCAAUGAUGGCACCACCAUCAUGGACGACAUCGAAGCCGGUCGACUCACAGCCUCCCUGGAACGAGCCGGCUAUACUAACGGGCACUCUUCCCGUGGCAGCCCGAGUCCCGUCGGCAAGGACGAUAGCCCUAGUCACCGCGACGCCAGCUCGACGACAGCCCUGAGCAGCGCGGUGACCGUUGAUAAAGCAGCACUCGCUGAUUCCUCGACCCAGGCAACCAGCAGUUUCUUUGGCAUCGAAAACCAGUACGAGUCGGACGACUUGCUCCGGUCCACCGCUCAGGACGAGUCAGACGAUCGACAACCUGCCGUCAGUCACGGCGAGGAUGACGAGGUCGUUGUCUAUGAGGAUCAAGACGAUGGCCCUUAUAUCAGCUCGCCCGGCGCCGAGUCCAAGCGCCACUUUUCGAUGGACGAAGGCGAGGAAGUGGUCAUCGGCGGCGACGACUAAAGCCCCUUCAAACGCGCGGUCGGUAUGUACUCGGCUCGGGCGGCUUUGAUCGCUCUCGGAACCGGUCGGCCGCCUUCUGGAUGCAUAUGCCACGACCGGGGCGACCUCUCUGCCGUGGCUUCCCACUACCACUACCACCACCACCACUACCACCACUACCACUACCACCACUACCACCACUACCACCACUACCACC